UCUUACGGGUGUCUCACCUUGAUGUCUAGGUUGGCGGGGGACCAGAGGGCCAGGAGAGACGUGCGCCACGACAGCGACGCCGAGGAUGAUGACGAUGUCAAAAAGCCGGCGUUGCAGUCGUCUGUUGUAGCUACCUCCAAGGAGAGAACACGCCGAGACCUCAUCCAAGAUCAGACCAUCGAUGAGAGGGGCAAACAGAGGAAUCGGCGUAUGUUCGGUCUGCUCAUGGGGACCCUGCAAAAAUUCAAACAGGAGUCAAACGUCUCAACAGAUAAGGUGAGGAAAAAACACAGAAUUUAUGAGUGAACUUUUAAGCUGACGUCAUUUAGUGGGGCAAGAAGAAACCCACCUAUUGAGUAGUUAACCUGUUAAGCCCCAUAGCCCCCAAUGAACAUUUUUGUUCACGAAACUGAAUCUCAGGGCUUCUUAAAA